AUGCGUUACAUCCUCCUCCUCGUCAUUGUCAGCAUCGCGGCUUACUUCAGUGAAGCAGGUCGACUCGGCUGUCCUCCAUCUUCGGAGACGAAGAAUAUGGCAACCUAUUCUUGGAGGCAAGCCUACUGGACUGGUCAGGACACGACCUUCAUAGACUUUUUCAAGUCCGACGUGUCGAAGGAUUACAACCGUGGUGAUGUUUACCUCAACGUGGCCGAUGCCUCUAACGUGGGCAAGAUUAUCCACCCUGAGAGACUGGCCGAGCUCAUCGCCAACUUCCGCAAGGUCAGCGGAAACUCUGCAAGGUUCUACCUUUUCUAUGCUCAAGGUGGUGGCGACGAUAAGAAAUGGGCCCCCGAUUUCGUUCGUGUCUUUAAGGAGUUCAUCCUCAAGUACGGCAACCCUGAUAUGGGUAGUCUCGGUAUCAGCUUCCAUGUCAAGCUUGAUCUUGCUACGUGGUACAAGAUAUUUGAUGCUUUCGAUGCGCUCAAGACUGACCCACAGUUCAAGCCCUACAACAUAGCCCUUGAUGUUACGAUGAACUAUUACAACACUGACAGGAAACUGGUGGACCAGAUUAUCGAUCGCCUUGACAACCCCAAUGGAGGUAUCCUCUACGCUUACAAUCAGCUUUCGACUGCUCUCGACUAUGUUCGUGAUCAUGUUCUGUCUAAGGAUAAGUUUGAUUACUUCUUUGAAGCCGGUGGUACACAUAUCGGUCUCAACUUCUUCUCGUGGGUCAUGUGUUACUACGGCUCCGAGUCGUGGCAUCAGAUUGGCCUACAAAAGUGUAUCUCCGACUACCAGUCCGCUUCACAGAUAUGCCGUCAAGGUUAA